AUGACAAAUCUUCAGAUUCCAGCAGCGAUGAGGGUGAUCGAUGAUGGAAGUGAUCUGGAGAAUAAUGACCGCAGAAAACACAUGAAUGGAUCUGGUAGCUCCAGUCUGAGUGUCGAUGAAUCGACAGAGCCUUUUAUGUCAGAAUUUGACCUGCCUCCUGAAAGUCUAGUGUCAAAAUUGAAGAGGUUACGUGCGUCUUCAAAAAUCAAUGAUGGAUACAUUGGACAAACCCGAAAGGAACCUGAGAAGGGACAUAAUAUUUCCCCUAACCCGAAUAGAGUCCCACAGCUGAUACCUUCCAUACAACGAAUCAACAGGUCAAAUGUGUCUCAGAACAGAGGAAAUCCUUUCAAGCAAAUUGAUAGGAACGAACAGAAUUUCCAAACUCAGGAAGGGAAAUUUGGAGAUCGCACACAAUCUCUUUUUCGGCUAAUCAUCCCGGUUCUAAAUUUCCAUUUGCCUAUCCCACGCUUUUCGAGCAUUCAUUUCUUCAACAAAUCAUUGUUUUCCUAUAGAGACGACCUCCGACCUCAGCCAGGAACCUUUAGAGACAGUGAUAAUGCACCAGGAUCAUUCACACCCACUUCAUGGAGCUUCUGGCAGCAAGUCAGUCAUACCACCCCACGCCCACAAAUCAGUUCUUCUAAAGUCAGAAUUGCCGAAAAAAGGAAAGCAGUGGAAGAGUAUCGUAAGAAAAUUGCGACUCCAGAAUUAGGUUCUCUUGCUGACUUCCUUGGAGCGAAAUUGGAUUUGGGUUUUGAAACCCUUGGGGAUCAACUUGGCAGCACGAAGAGAAGCCUCAAAUAUGACUCGGACCACAAAAUUGAUACGUUGAAUGUGGCAGCGGCCACUAAUGAAGCGUGUUGCAGCUUCGCAACUUCGACGAAUGUUUUAAAAACUGACUUCCCGAUCAUGACUCUUGCGAACUUUCAAGAAUUCGAUCGAUCUUUGGAUCCUAACAACCAAGAGAACGAUGACAAAAAGAAAGAAGCAAUGCAGAAACCAGCUGCUCUUAAAAUAAAAUUCGAAAUUAGCAUAAAGUCGAAAUCCGACUUCGCGAAAUGUGUCAACAUCAUGAUUGGAAAACUUAUUCAUCGUGAUGUCCAAUUGCAUUACAGUGGGAUGGGCAGAGUCACGAAAAACAAUGGGACUAAACUUGCAUACAUGAAAACAGUAUGUUUCAAAUGUAUGGAGGAUGUACUCACGAAGAAGUUUGAGAACUUUCCUGUGACAGUGCUGACUGCGACAAGUAAUUAUCUAGCCGGUGCACCCAAUUGCAAAGAAUACAUACAUCUUCAUAGGGAUGAUAACGCUGACCAUGGAGCACGCUAUUCCUCUUCGUAAAAAAAAUAUUACGAACAAAUCGUGAUUUUCUUUUUUUUUUGUCAAAGACAGUGGUGAGCCAGCCUUUUUUUAAAUAAAUUCCUAAAGUGGAAAAUAAUGCUCUCAAUUAUUCGACAUUAAAAUAUAAAUAAACAAAUAUUUCCAUUGAGGAAAAAAUAUAUCAUUGGUGAUAAAGCUUUCAUUUAUAGCUUAUUGGAAUGAAUAAAAAAAUUGUCGUUCAUUGACCAUUUUUGGUUCCAUUUGAACCAAAAUUAUUUCUAAUACUGUAUUGCUAAAAAGUGCGUUGUUAAAUAAGGUCAGACCUGGAUCAGCCUUAGAACGAGCCUGGCAGAACCCUCGUUAAUAAUGCUGUGGAGCCUUCAUAAAUCAUAAUUUUGAACCUUAUUCAAGCCCUCGCGAUUUGAUCUUACAAGGCUUCGUUCAGGCCUCGCGUUCCCAGCCUGAAUUCGGGUUAUCAUUUUCAAGGUUUGAUGAGCCCUGUUUCCAUCGUCAAUUCCUACCUGGGAAUGUUAAGGAAACAGGUGUGUACAUCAAAGGAAUAGUAGCUAGCAAAAACUAACUAACACUACUCUGAUUGAUCAAUUAAUUAAGAAGAAGAAUGCUUCAGCAAUCAGGACCUUGAGAAAUAACGGGGAAAAUCUGAAACUCGAGCGGCUCGUUCGGUAAGGCCCACUGGAGUUUCCAAAACUCUUAGAGUUCAAGAGAAAAUUCGUCGUUAUAGAUCCCCUGUUUAAAGAAUUACUCAAGGUAAACAUCACUUGAGCGACUCUCAAAAAAUUUUUUUUAAAUCUCAUUUCCGAGGAUCUUGGAUGUUGAAAAAUUGUUAGUCUUCAGUAAUAAAUUGAUCAAUUAAUUGGCAUACUACAAUUAUGUUCUAUGAUAAUUCUUAGGGUUGGUAGAAUUAAGAUUAACGCCCUGAUAACUGAUAUUAGAUUUUGGCAUUCUUUAAAUGCGAAAUGGAAUAUAUUAUGAAUAAUUAUUGAUUAUGAUUUUGUUGUGUUCAUCUUGCAAGUUUGUACAGCCUCUCAAAGAGCAAAGAAAACCAUAAAGUCGAGUUAGUUUUGCUAGCUAUUGCUGAUACGUAAUGUGAUGUGUCCAUUCUUUGAAUUUGAAAGAAGCAAUUUUUUGAAUUCAACAUUUGUAUACAUAUUCCAUAUCAAUAAAGAGAUGUAUUUUAAUAAUAUGGUAUAUUUUUUUUCCAUACAAACACUAGCAUGGAUAGACUUGUUGACUGAAAAAAAUGCUUACACUGAAUCCGUUCCAAGUCUCCCUUGCCGAUUGGUAUACAUAUACGUAUAUUUUUCAUAGUUGAUAUGUUUUCAGAACCAUUUGAA